UCAAACUUCGAGUGACCUGGAGGAAAAACAAACUAUUACUUCCUAGAGAAAAAUGGCAACGGUAGUCAAUACUAAUCCAUCUCAACUUUUGCCACUCGAACUCGUGGACAAAUGUAUUGGAUCACGCAUUCAUAUCGUGAUGAAGAAUGACAAAGAAAUUGUUGGCACCUUGCUAGGAUUUGAUGAUUUUGUCAACAUGGUCCUUGAAGAUGUCACAGAAUUUGAGACAACUCCUGAAGGAAAAAGAAUAACAAAACUUGACCAAAUUUUACUAAAUGGAAACAACAUAACAAUGCUUAUUCCUGGUGGAGAAGGUCCAGAGAUGUGAACAGAUUUAUUUUCUGAAUUGUAAAUAGUCAUUUGAUCACCGUGGAAUGAAGUUAUUUUUUCCAACUAAAAUCAUAUUAAAGACAAAAGGACAGUUUAAAAAAACACAACUUUCAAUCACUUUCAGUGAAUGCAAUCAAGGUUAUUGUUUAUUGAAGCAAUUUGUUUUAUUUAUUUUUGACGUGGUAAACACCUGCUGUAUUGGUUUUGAAAAUGUCUUAAAAGUUGUAAGCAGGCAUAAAGUAAAAUGCUUGUGGUUUUUCAGUUUAAAAAGGUGGUCAUGUUUUGGUUUAUCUGUUAAAAUUACAUGUUGCUUUAUAUUAAAACAUCAGCUUAUUUUAA